ACGAAGCGUUAACAACGCUACACGAAAACGCGCAAAAGAAAUACCAAAAAUCUUAACGAAUAAAUAUAUAGAAUUGUGUAUGGGUGUGCGUGUGCGUGUGUGUGCAAAGAGCGCUGUAAAUUUCAGCACGAAAAAAGGUCAAGUGUUAAAAAAGAAAUCCGUUAGUUAUUACUCGGCGCACUGUGCAAAAGUGUAUACUGCAUGAGCUCGCCGUUGCAGCUUGUCGGCGUGCUGAAAGCAAAGUGAAAUAGCGCAACGCAUGAAACCUAAUAAAUACAAAAAUUAUAAAAUUUCUUUGUGUGAUUUUGCGCGAGUUGAAAGUACAAAAUACUCGUAUCAGCGUAAUUUAUAGCGCCUUUCCGAGAACUACUUGAAAUACAGCAUCCGACUUUCAUUGGUGCUGCAUCAAAAACGGCGACGGCAAAGUGGCAGCUGAAAACUAAAAUAAAACAAACAUAAAUAAAACUUUUUGUACUUGCACACCUGCGCGCGGCUACUUCCGUUUUGCGACAAACACGCCCUUCAAAUACAGAGAUAAAUUGUAUAAACAUAUAUAUACACACACAGUGAUGACCUGGUUUAGUGGCGUAACUGCGUCGUAUGACAGCAACUUCCGGUGUAAACGGAUGUUACACGGCUAUUUGUUUUUGGCAUGUGCUUUUUUGCUGAUUGCGGUGCCGGUGCCGGUGAACGCACGUCCCAAGGAGACGACAAGCGAUGUUAUCAUACCGUUGGACGACGCUGGGCUGGCAUUGAGCGAGGAAUAUGGCGAUGUGGAUAAUAUUGAGUUCCACCAAGCCAAAAUCGUCGAUGGCGUGCUGCAGGAAGAUCACCCAGUUAUAAUGUAUAAAGAAGAUUUCGUGAGCGAAGAUUUUGUUCCCAAAAAGAAUAACACACAUCGCUUGCGUAAACACAAAGAUCCAGCACAUCGUCGCCGUCGCAUCAACGAUCAAUCCAACUCGGAGCAGUAUCAUCCAUUGCAGCCCGAGAAAAUCUAUUUCGAUAUAUUAUCCUCAGCACCGAUUGUUACUUCCGAUGAGUCAAAGUCUGUCAAUUCGAAAGCGCAUGUAGAGGUAAUUUCUCUAGCCGAUGCUGACGCGAAGCUGGUGGAUGGUGAAGAUGAAGCGAAGCGCCUGCUCAAUAAGCGUCCCAAAAAAUUCCAGCACCAUCGUCAACGUCGCGAUACAGACAGAAUCUGGCAUCGCGAACAUCUGGUGCAGAAACGUCACCAAAAUCCUUAUUAUCGCUUCAAAGGCGCAAAUUCAAUCAGUUCACACCCAAUAGUACCCAACUACUACUUACCUAGCUAUGAGCCGGUGAAGCGCUAUCAAAAACAACCUGUUGCCGGCGACUUCUAUAACGGCCCUGUUAGCACGCUGCCCAAAAUUACGGUCAAUACGCGUUUCGGCGGCGAAGACAACACGGAUCGUGUGAUUUGGCGCGACUAUACGCCAACCAGAAAUCCCAAUAAACGCUUGAAUAUCACUGUGGGCACACCCCGGCCACUGUUUUCGCGUCGCACGGAAUCACCUCUUUCAGCUGUACCCCCAAGAGACGAGACAGGAGCAGCAAGUAAUUCAGGGCCUGUUCGUCGUCCCGUCGUAACGGAAUCGCCCAUCUUUCAAUUGCCCACAGCCCCGUCCACACGCCCGCCACCACCGACACCGUCAACAGCAUCCCCCUCAACCGCCUGUGUGUGGGCUAUAGCCAGCUGUUGCGCGCCCAACGACUCCGAAGUGCGGUACGGCUGCUUCCAACGCUAUGGUUGUAAUUUGGUCUUUUGGAAUUUGAAUCCCUGUGCCGACAAUAUACGCGACAAUGUUAUCGACUAUCUGAGCAAACAGUUCGAUUAGAGCGCAGCAUGUCCGAUGUAAUGCAGUUACUAGUAUUUAAAAUUGUCACAAAGCAUUUAUUAACCAUAGCUUAGUUCGUAAGUUUAAGUUAUUGCGUGCUGUUUUUCUUUUGUUUUUAAAUUUAACUGCAUCAUUUUUAAUGAUGCUGUAUUUUUUUAUAAAAAAAUGUAUUUAAUUUAAAAUUGCUAACGAUCUUGUGCAUUGAUUUAAGCAACUAUACUUACAGAGAUUGUGUAGUUGCUUGAUUAUAAUCUUUUAAAAUAAGAAGCAUUGAACAUAAAAAUAUAUUUUUAUAUGUGUGUGCCUCAAAGAAAA